AUGUUAUUCAAUCACUACCUUGUUGUCCAGGAGUGGGUGCCAAACUUCCAUCCUCACUCUAACACAACAAAGAAAAUCCUAGUUUGGAUCCGCCUCCCUGACCUAUCGAUCGAGUAUUUCGAUGAGAAAACCUUAAGGAAAAUUGGAAACAAAGUAGGCAGGACAGUCAAGAUCGACGUUACAACUGGGCUAGCCACUCGCGGCAAAUUCGCAAGAAUUUGUGUAGAGGUUGAUCUAACAAAGCCCCUAUUGGCCAAGUUCACGAUCGAAGAAGAUGUACUACCUAUAGAGUACGAAGGCAUUCACUGGAUAUGCUUUAUAUGUGGCACCUAUGGUCACAGAAAGGAGCAAUGCGGCCAAGGUUCAGAAUUCGAUAGGCAGGCCAUGGGCAACCACAUGGAGGUUGAUGCUGGGAUUGGAAAAGCAAAUGAUGCGGAAUAUGAACCAGCGAUGACCAAGCAAUUACCAGUCAUCAAACCACACGCUACUGAGAAAUUUGGUAACUGGAUGUUAGUGAAAAGGAAAGACAAGAGGCCAAAUAAGAGGGGGAGUUCAGAAGCAAGCUAG